AUGGAUUCCGUUGAACAAGCGCCACAAUUAUAUAAGCUUUCACAGGAAUUGGAAAACAGGCUGAUAGACGAUAAUAAAGAAGGAGCUACAAUUCUUGCAGAAUUGUCACAAAUUCUCUUCAUAAUUACAAAACAAGAAUUAGAUUCAGAUAUGAACAAGCUUAUUAAGAAAAUGGUUAAAAGCAAGAAUCCAGAUCUCGAAAGAGAGAAAAAGCAGGUUGGUACAUUCGAUUUGGAAACAUCUAUAUCUUAUCCCCUUUAUCUGCAGAGAUUUAAAAAUGGAGAACCACAUCAGUAUAUAUACAAAGCUCUAAUCAAUAUUAUGGAAGAUUAUUAUGACACUCAUCCAAAUGAUCCAAAAUACCAGCGUGGAGAAAGAAUCAAAAUCAGAGAAACAAAGAAAAGCAAAAAAGCCGCAUUUAAGUACUUUGAUGAUAACAUUAAAUUAUUCAAACAUUUCAUGAAACCGAAAAAUUUCGAUUUUCAGAAAAUUUAUUCUUCAAAUGAAUGA